ACCUAUCUCCCUUCUUUGACCAAAAGUCAAAACCACUAUUAAACCCUUGAAACGUUAAAACCCUUUCACCUCUCCGCCCUUGUUUCCUUCCUCCCACACCCACCGGUCGGCAUCAGAAAUCUCCGAACCAUGGAAGAAGAACAGUCGGAGCAAUUCAAGGACGGUUCGGACCUCUGCAAGCAGCUCAUGGACCGUUACGCCAACUCCGCCGCGCCACAUCACCGCCACCUCCUCGCCACCGCCGCCGCCCUCCGCUCCAACCUCACCUCCGAGUCCCUACCCCUCACUCCGACCUCCUAUUUCGCCGCCUCCAUCUCCGCUGCCGCGGCAUCUGAGGCGCUGGACACCGUGGCCCUCUCCGCCCUCGCUUCCUUCAUGGCCAUCACCCUUCCUCUCGUGCCCUCUGGCGCUAUCCCCGCCGUGAAGGCGCGCAAGGCGGCAGAGGUCCUCGUGGCGGUGCUGGCGAGGGAUGGGGAGGGGUUUGGCGUGUCGGGCGCUAGGGCCGCAAUUAAGUCCUUGGGGGUUUUGAUUGGGUUUUGUGACUUGGAAGAUUGGGAUUCCAUCAAAUUAGGUUUUGAAACUUUGCUUAUUUUCUCCAUUGACAAGCGCCCGAAGGUGCGAAGAUGUGCUCAAGAGUCACUUCAAAAGAUUUUUGGGUCUCUCAAAUCCUCCACUGUUAUCAAGGAGGCUAGCAAGUUGGUUUUGUCAGAGCUGAAGAGAUGCAUUGCUUUGGCAAUGAAAUUAAUUGCUUCCAGGACUGAUAAUGAGUGCAAAGGUGAUGAGAUUUCAAAACAAGAGCAUCUGGAGGUGCUACAUAUGCUAAAUGUUGUUAAUCUGACUGCUGCUUAUCUUUCUGCGAAAGUGAUUCCCAAAGUUCUUUUGGAAGUGCAUAAAUUAUUGGAUUCUCAGUUCUUGGCACUUACAAGACACACUCUUAAAACUAUUGAGGCUAUUUUUGAAGCUUCAAAAGUUCAAAAUAUAGUCCUAGAGACAGAGGACAUUGUAGUUUCUCUUGCUUCUUUUGUAACUUUGGGUGAAAGGAACCCCGUGGAUAGCAUGAUUCUUGCAGCAACCUUAUUAAGACUUGCAAUGGACCUACUUUAUACAAAUCAAUCAAGCUUUUGGAUCAAGAAUCUUCCACUUGUUUGUAGAUCUAUGAUCGGUCUUCUAAAUUUUGAGGGAAACACUGCUUCACAAGCUUCAAGUAUUUUGAAGGAUGUGCUCAAACAUCAUGUUGGUCCCCAAAGCUUAUUAAUUGGGACGGAUCAAACAAUCAAUGAUAGUAGUCAGGAAAGUGUGGAAGGCGAUGCAAUAAAAUCAACAUGUGAAGUUUUUGAGAAUGCCCUUUCUGCUGAUGGUGGAAUUCCAAAUGAGCAUAUUUUGUCAGUCAUGUCUGUUUUAUUUCUUGAGCUUGGACAAUUCUCAUUUGUAUUCGCGAGGGAUAUUGUGCUUAAACUUGCUGACUCUGUGAUUCAUAGUUCCGGAGGCAAGAUUAGUAAUGAGCAUCUUCAGAAAUGUAUUGGAUCUGCUGUUUAUGCUAUGGGACCAGAUAGAUUUCUCACACUUGUACCUAUCUCUUUUAAUGAAGACAGCUAUGCUUAUUCAAAUUUUUGGCUGGUACCGAUCUUGAAGCGCUAUAUUUUUGGAGCAUCACUUGCUUACUAUAUGGACCAUAUCAUGCCUCUUGCAAAGUCCUUUAAGAAGGCUAGUCGUAAAGUAAAAGAUCCAGGGACUAGUCAAGAUUUGCUGGCUCGUGCCUAUGAACUGUGGGGAUUGCUGCCCAGCUUUUGUCAUCAUGCGACUGAUACUUACCAAAAUUUCACUCGUCUCUCGGAUGUCCUUGUUAUUUUUCUUAAAAAGGACCCCUCCAUGCAUGAAAAUGUUUCCAAAGCGUUACAGAUUCUUGUGAACGAGAACAAAGCUGCACUUAGCCCUAGAAAGAACGAGUUAGAUUUAUCUGCAGAACAUGAUUCUUCGUUAGAGUUCGGCAUGCAACCUGCUUAUUCAAAAAAAGCUGCUACCAGAAACUUAAAGUCUUUGACAUCUUGCUCAAAUCGGUUGCUUUACAUUUUAUCAGAUAUAUUUAUCACUUCACUUCCUCAAAUGCGCAUUUCUUUGAAGGGUGCAAUCAGGUGCCUGGCCUCUAUCACUGAUUCUUCUGUAACGAAAGACGUUCUUAUGUCUCUGUUCAAGAGGUUGCAGUUUAUAGAUCAUGAAGAAGAAGCUGAAAAAUUGACUAGUAACAGUAGCAAGCUUGAUAGUGAACCAAGUGAUGUGAAGGAAUAUGAUCAAAGCUUUGACAUCAUCCUGAACAACAGUCUGUCUCUUCCCAAUUUGAAUUGGUCACUCUGGAAACCUAGGUGUCUGAUGUUGGAAAUAGCAUCUUGUCUUGUUGAAGGAGCCAACGAUAAUCUUAUUGAGAUAAUUUAUAAUUUAACUAUACAAUCAUUUCAGGCAACUAAUGAAAGUGUUCAGCAUGAAGCAUACAGCACUUUGAGCAAAAUUUUGGAGGAGCACCCAUGUUUUUCUUCUCCUCGUUAUAUGGAGCUAAUUGAUUUAUUACAUGGUCUGAAGCCUCCAACUGCUGUUUCAACUCUUAGAAGUCGGUUUGCUUGUUUUCACAAGCUAAUGGUACAGACAGUAAAGAUUAGUUUAGAAGAGGAGGAUAACUCAAAGGCUUUUCUUAUUCUCAAUGAAAUCAUUCUCACUUUAAAAGAUGGAAAUGAUGAAGCUAGGAAAGAAGCUCAUGAUCUACUCUUAAAUAUAAGUUCUAGCUUGAGAGACUUAUCAUUUGCAGGUCCCAUUGAACCAUAUCACAAACUAGUCAGCAUGAUAAUGGGAUAUCUUUCUGGCUCAUCUCCCCAUAUAAAAAGCGGAGCAGUUUCUGUGUUGUCUGUAUUGGUAUAUAAAGAUGCAAAUCUUUGUCUCUCCAUUUCUGGUCUUGUCCCUUCUCUUUUAUCUUUGCUUCAUACCAAAGACUUGGAAAUCAUAAAAGCUGUCUUGGGAUUUGUAAAAGUGAUGGUAUCUUGCUUACAAGCAAAAGAGUUGCAGAAUAUUCUUUCAGAUGUUGUUACUGAAAUCGUCCGGUGGUCAUCUGUUUCAAGAAAUCAUUUUAAAUCAAAGGUCUCUGUCAUAUUUGAAAUCUUAUUACGGAAGUGUGGUUCUGCUUCUGUAAAAUUGGUUACCCCAGAGAAGUACAAUGAUUUUCUCAAGGAAGUUCUAGAGAAUCGACAUGGCAAAUCACGUGCGGCAGUCACUAAUGAUACAGAAAUUAAGCCUGAAGAUUCAUCUGCCAAGGGACCAGAGGGGAAACCCAACAAGUCAGGUACCCAAGAUUUGGUUAAGCAUACAAAGAGAAAGAGGGAGAAUAAAUUUAAGACAGACUUCCCAAGCAAAAUUGAAUCACAGAAGUCCUCUAGCAAUGACGAGUUCAAAUUAGCCAAGAGAAGUAAACAUUCUAAUGAUAAAAAUUACAAAGCAAGAAAGUCAGAAGGAAUUGAAAAGAACAACAGAGGUCGGCCCAAAAGUUUUUCUGGUGGUGGUGGGAAGGGAAAGGUAAAUCUGACAAGUUUGGAGAAGGACAAAGCAGCUUCUCGUGUAGGUAUACGAGCUUCCAAACCACACAAGUUGGAAAGGAAGUUAAAAGGAAAUUCAUAGAUGGCUGCAAUAUACUAACGUUGGUGGAACAUUUCUUACAAGCGUGGCAUAUGUCACUGUUGUUUAGGUAUUGAAUCAGAAUCGGAAGAUACGUUAUAUAGAAUUAAGCAGGAGUUCAGUUUUGCCCGCUAAGCGAGAAGCACUUUUACAAGGAACUCAGCUGCCUUUGUAGGAUGAUGCUUGAAUCUACUGACUGAGAAAAUGGAAGGCUGCUUACUGCAAGCAUAUUGUUGGGGGAGGAAGAGGUGCUGACUGGUGAGGAUAACUGUUGUUGACACAGGAUGACUUGCUUGAUUGAUUAUUUAUAGGAAAAUACUAAAUGACACGAUAGAUGCAUUGGACGAAAGGCAGGAUCGUGUUUUUAUAAAACUUUUACUUUUAAUUUGCUGAAUUUGUAUUUAAAAAAAUAUGAUUUGUUUUUUUUUAAGAACAUUGAAUUAAAUUAAGUCCGUGUGUAUCAUGAGCUAAUACAGUCGUACUUCAUAGUUCGUAGCAGAACUCAUAUAUAUAGUUUCCAUCUUUUGCUU